AUGUGAUCGUGUCAUUGUUGUGUGAAUAGCUACACAACAUUGUUGGGUGAUAAAGCGAAUGCACGGUAGGUUCGCGGGCAUGACACCAAACUUUGUUUCAGAGAAGUAUAGUCCCGCCGGCGAGGCGUCGCGACGGGCGUAUCAGCGAUGAUCUACACAUUGCGACACACGCAUGGCCUCGCAUGGUUGGCGGUCGCAGGAGCCUGCUAAUCGGGCGGGUGCGACGGCACUGCCCGCGCGGAUAUAAAACACGUCCUGCACUUUUUUGACGCGCUCGCUCCUGAGCCAUCCUCCACACUGCUCAGCUGGUUUCUGGCACAUCGCGCGCACGUCUUAUUCCCUCCUUCACGCACUUCACCCAGAUCUUCGUCUCUCUCAUCGCCGGUCGAUUGCGAGUUGCGACACGCAUCUUUACGAAUCCCCUCCCCUUCACGAGUCCCGAGACGACCUACCUUGAUCCCGUCUGAUAUCAUGAGUCUUACUUCGCAGUCUAGCACACGCAUCCCGCCUCCGUUGAAGUCGGCGACGAUGCGCAAGUGGCCCCGUGCCUCCCUCGGUCUGUCCGCACUGACCAUCUCAUCCCGCGCACCACCCACGCCUGGCCCACUGCCUGAAGCAGACCAGGGACAGAUCACCGAGAUCGCAAUGGCCAUCGCCGAACAACUCGCGACGAUGACCAAUGCCAGCCAGCCCGUCGUAACCGACGAGCCGCUCAUGCUCGCAAGUCUCGAGCCCGCCCGGGUCGUAUCUCUCCACACCUGGCUCCGGGAUCGCUACGAGUGGGAUGACCCCAACCGAAUGAUGUUCGAUGAGGACGUCACCGCGCAGGACCUCGCACGAGACAUUGUCACCGCGCGCGAGGAGACCGGUGCGGCUGAGGAGGAGGACGACUUCGAAGAGAGCUUCAAGACCGCUGCGGAAUUCAUGGCGAGCCCCUCCAUCUGGGUAUCAGACACCAGGGGCACCAUCCGCACUGUCCACGCCGCCACGCCUCGCAUAAACACCACCAUGGAGACAUUCCCUUCCAUCGCGCUGCGCCUGUCUCCGGAGCGCGGCUACGAGACGCCCCUCCGUAGCGCGCCCGUCCCCGUCACAGCCAGCAAGUAUCUCAGCGGGCAAGCGACGGUCGACAUCGGCAUGGCGCCGUACGAGUCAUGGACUGGCAAGCGGUCUCGCAAGCACAGCCGCGCAAGCAAGAUGAUCUUCGGCGUGCUGGGCCUCGCCGCGCUGGCGUCGCCCCUCUCGCCGACGAUGAACAACGCACUCAGCCCCACGCACGAUCCCCGUGCGCCCUGCUCUGCGCACACACCCAUCUUCUCGCCGUGGCUGCAGUCGCUCCGGGUGCACUCCGUCGACCCGCUCACGUCACCGUGGCUGCCGAAUCGCCGCGGCUCCGACGGCCUCUGGGCGUUCCCCCAGUCGCCCCGCGGCAUUCGCUGCUGAGCUCACACUCCACGCCCAUCUGGGCCUCCGACUGAGACUGAGAAUGGACCUCACCUCUGUUUACUGCAAGAUAGAUAUCUCCGUCAGGUAGACUGUCGCUUGCCCUCGUGGUCGGGUUGGCCAUUCGUUUGAUGCCUUCCUUGAUGAUCUGGGUCGUUGGGCCGACCAUGACGAUGCACUAUAUGUUCACGAUACGCUCACGAUGUGUUACUGUAUGGAACCUUGGUUAAUAGAGCUGCUGUGGAGGCUCCUAACAUGAAACUCAAGACAAUAGUCUGUUCACGGUCUCGUAGGAAAGGCAGAUUCGGGG